AUGAUGCACUCUCAUCAUGUUCCUAAGUCCCUAUGGUCAUUCCUUGAAGAGAAUAGCUCAACUCUUGAAUUUCAUCAAUUUGUUGAGAACUAUGGCUUCAUGGUUGAUAAUUCACAUAUGGGUAAUUCAGGAUUCAAUUUCACUAAUAUUAAUCCUUUAUUCAAUAUUACUUCUUCUAAUGUUUCUUCUACCCCUUAUUCCAAUGAUGAUACCUUAUACCAUAACCCGGUUGAGGAAGAAGAUUCCUUACAAACACUAAUGGAUUAUUUUUCCAUGGAAUUGGACAAUUCUAACCCCAAUACUAAUGGAAAAAACCAAAGUUACCAAGAAGAAAGUGGUGAGGGUAGCUUUUAUCCUUCUUCACAAAACAUGAUGAUUUCUAGAAGUGAAGAAGGGCAAAAUGGUAAUUGGAGUCCUACCACAUCUUUGAAUUCAGAUUUGUCCUCAUCAACACAUCAAUUUCAGCAGCUUUUCUUGCCUCAACUAGGCAUGGAAAUUGACAAGAGGGUGGUGCUUCCACACAUGGUGGAAGCCAUUGGAGAAGCUCUUGGAAAAGGUCACAAACCACAAGUUCAAGAGAUCUUGAGAACCAUGCGCAACAAAGCUAGCCCAAUUGAUGAACCAUUUGAGUUCUACUUGUCCCAAGGUGGUGGUGGUGAUUAUCUAAAACAAGAGGCUAUUAAACACUUUGAAGAUUUGUUUAGAGCCUUGUACCAAGGAACCCCACAUGGAAAAGUUGCAAACUUUGUUGCUAAUUCAUCAAUUCUUGAAGCCAUACCCCAUGAUUGUGAUGUUAUACAUAUAUUUGACUUUGAUUUGGUCAAUGGGAUUCAAUGGCCUUCUAUGAUUGAGGCAAUUGCACCCUUGAACAAAACAUUGAAAUUGACUUCAAUCAAGAGUGAUGAGGAAGGGUAUGAAUGUAAUUUCCCUCAGUGGAACUUUGAGGAAGUUAAAAGGAGCCUCUAUGAGCAUGCAAGAUCUUGUGGAUUUUUGAAAUUGAAAGUGGAGGAGAAGGGAAUAGAGGAAGUGGUUAUGGAGAUCAAGAAAGUGAACAAAAGGGGUGGGAAAAAGGAGUUUUUUGCCUUCAAUUGCAUGGUGGGCCUUCCACAUAUGGGGAGAGAAAAGAGUAGAAAACAUGUCAUGGAGUUUCUAAAUUUGAUCCAUUUUUGUGGAAAUAAAAGGGCAAUUUUGACUUUUGCUGAUGGGGGUGCUUAUGACAAGUUGGGAAAAAAUGGAUUUGAUUUCAAGUCAUUUUAUGAUGCAAAUUUGGUUCAUUACAAGGCCUUGUUGGAAUCAAUUGAGUCACACUUCCCAUGUUCUUCAGAAGCAAGAGCUGCUAUUGAGUGCUUAUUUUUGGCACCUAAUGUUUCUUCUCUCUCAUGGUUGCAACAGUGGGAGGAGAUCUCAGAGGGUUUCAAUUUUCAUCAAGGAUUUGGAUUGGAUGGUUGUGGAUUUAGCAAAAGAAAUUUGAUGGAAAUUGGAGAGUUGUUGGAGGGGUGUGAUGAUUCAUAUGGGGCCAAAAUUGAAGGGCAAAAUGGGAAUGAAUUAGUGUUGCUAUGGAAAGGAAUCCAGCUUCUAAGGGUUUCAACAUGGAGAAAUUAA